CAUCAUGAAGUUUGUGUGAAUGGUUAUCAUGGCUGUCUUUGUGUUCACUUUUCUUUUCAAGAUGCUUAUAGCUCUCUGUAGGUACAUAUGCUUAUCAUUUCUGUAUUGGAUAUUUUAAGUUAUUGAAGGCGUCUUUUCUUUUGGUUGUAGGUAUAAAGAUAUCUUUGGAGAAGAAGCAGGAUGUCUGAUCUAGAAGUUCCUUUGACUGAGCGCCCGAAGAGGAAGAAGAUUUGGGUGGACUACUUUGUUAACUUCAGAUGGAUUAUAGUCAUCUUUGUUGUCCUCCCAAUCUCUUUCACCCUCUACUUCCUCACUUAUCUUGGCGAUGUCAAGUCCGAGAUGAAGUCCUACAAGAAGCGUCAAAAGGAACAUGAUGAAAACGUCAAGAAAGUUGUUAAGCGGCUCAAGGAAAGAAACGCAUCGAAGGAUGGUCUCGUCUGCACUGCUCGUAAGCCCUGGAUCGCUGUUGGCAUGCGAAAUGUUGACUACAAAAGGGCGAGACACUUUGAAGUUGACUUAUCUGCAUUCAGGAACAUCCUUGAAAUUGACACGGAGAGAAUGAUUGCUAAAGUCGAGCCACUUGUCAACAUGGGACAGAUAAGCAGGGCCACUGUGCCAUUGAAUGUUUCCCUUGCAGUAGUUGCUGAGCUGGAUGAUCUCACUGUUGGUGGACUCAUCAAUGGUUAUGGUAUUGAAGGAAGCUCUCACAUCUAUGGCCUGUUUUCCGACACUGUUGUGGCUUAUGAGAUUGUUCUAGCUGAUGGUCAGGUCGUCAGAGCUACCAAGGACAAUGAGUACUCUGAUUUAUUCUAUGCCAUCCCUUGGUCUCAGGGAACACUUGGGCUUCUCGUAUCUGCUGAGAUCAAGCUUAUCCAUAUCAAAGAGUACAUGAAGCUGACCUACCAUCCUGUCAGGGGUAGCCUCAAAGAUCUGGCCCAGGGUUAUAUCGACUCCUUUGCACCCAGAGAUGGAGAUCAGGACAAUCCUGAUAAGGUCCCAGAUUUUGUGGAGACAAUGAUAUAUAAUCCUCAUGAAGGUGUGAUGAUGACUGGUAGAUAUGCAUCCAAAGAAGAGGCCAAGCAAAAGGGAAACAAGAUCAACAGCGUCGGUUGGUGGUUCAAGCCGUGGUUCUACCAGCAUGCACAGACAGCACUGAAGAAAGGGGAAUUUGUGGAGUACAUUCCUACCAGGGAAUACUACCACAGACAUACUAGGUGUUUGUACUGGGAAGGCAAGCUCAUUCUUCCAUUUGCUGACCAGUUCUGGUUUAGGUUUCUCCUCGGCUGGCUGAUGCCUCCUAAGGUCUCUCUGCUGAAGGCCACACAAGGUGAAGCAAUCAGAAACUACUAUCAUGAGAUGCAUGUUAUCCAGGAUUUGCUUGUUCCUCUCUACAAGGUUGGCGAUGCACUGGAAUGGGUCCACCGUGAGAUGGAGGUAUACCCUAUUUGGCUCUGCCCUCACAAGCUCUUCAGGCUCCCUAUCAAAACCAUGAUCUACCCGGAGCCAGGAUUCGAGACCCAGCGCAGGCAAGGAGACACCUCGUACGCUCAGAUGUACACGGAUGUCGGAGUGUACUAUGCACCGGGACCUGUCUUGAGGGGCGAGGUGUUUGAUGGAUCCGAGGCUGUUCGCCGGUUGGAACAGUGGUUGAUAGAGAACCAUGGUUUCCAGCCACAGUAUGCUGUCUCGGAGCUGAACGAGAAGAACUUCUGGAGAAUGUUCGACGGUGGGCUGUACGAGGAGACCAGGAAGAAGUACAAAGCUGUGGGGACGUUCAUGAGCGUGUACUACAAGUGCAAGAAAGGGAGGAAGACCGAGAAGGAGGUGCAGGAAGCUGAGCAAGCCCAGUUGGAGACUCCUUAUGCCGAGCUCGACCUGUAGAGGCCUUGGAUGGGAUCUCUAUUGUUCUGAAACUGAAGAUUGGGAUUUCGACUUGCUUUAUUGGAUUGUAUGUUUCGUUUAGCUUUUAGUUGAUCUGAAGACUGUGCCUUGGCCCUUGAGUUCUUCUGCUCUCUAGUUGUUGUCCAACCUCUAAUCCUGUUUUUAGUUGCUGACUCUCAGGCUUAGUGUAUUAUGUUUUCCGGAUGCUGUGUACUUUUUAGUUUGUGGUAUGGAAAGUCUUCUGAUUCUGUGAUUCCAUAGCUUGUCUUGCUUCA